UGCUGGGCGGUUGCGUCGUGCUCGGUGGCUCAGUCGUGCUCGGUGGCUCGGUCGUGCUCGGUGGCUCAGUCGUGCUCGGUGGCUCAGUCGUGCUUGGAGGCUCGGUCGUGCUGGGCGGUUCCGUCGUGCUCGGCGGCUCAGUGGUGCUGGGAGGCUCAGUGGUACUGGGCGGCUCGGUCGUGCUCGGAGGCUCAGUCGUGCUCGGUGGCUCGGUCGUGCUCGGAGGCUCAGUGGUGCUGGGCGGCUCGGUCGUGCUCGGUGGCUCAGUCGUGCUCGGUGGCUCAGUCGUGCUCGGAGGCUCGGUCGUGCUGGGCGGUUCCGUCGUGCUCGGCGGCUCAGUGGUGCUGGGAGGCUCAGUGGUACUGGGCGGCUCGGUCGUGCUCGGAGGCUCAGUCGUGCUCGGAGGCUCAGUGGUGCUGGGCGGCUCGGUCGUGCUCGGAGGCUCAGUGGUGCUGGGCGGCUCGGUCGUGCUCGGUGGCUCAGUCGUGCUCGGAGGCUCAGUGGUGCUGGGCGGCUCGGUCGUGCUCGGUGGCUCAGUCGUGCUCGGCGGCUCAGUGGUGCUGGGAGGCUCAGUCGUGCUGGGCGGCUGGGUCGUGCUCGGUGGCUCAGUCGUGCUCGGAGGCUCAGUGGUGCUGGGCGGCUCGGUCGUGCUCGGUGGCUCAGUCGUGCUCGGAGGCUCAGUGGUGCUCGGUGGCUCAGUCGUGCUCGGAGGCUCGGUCGUGCUCGGAGGCUCGGUCGUUGUUGGAGGCUCUGUAA